UCGCUCUUUAUCUGCUGAAGUACUAUAUAUUCCACAUGAAUAUUUAACCGGUGACCAACACCACGGAUAGACAAUCUUAAUUACUAAAACACUAAUUCCUUUUAAACGUUGCAUUACUAACAUUUUUAGCGCACCAAUUACUAUGGCUUUCGAACUUGAAAAUAUCAUUCUACAACUGUUCACUCCAGACAGUGAUGUUGUUAAGAAGGCAACUGAUGAAAUGAAACUGCUAAUGAAAAAUCAAGAUAUAGUACCUUUAUUUUGUCAAAUUCUUGGUACUUGUGAAAAAUCUCAGGUUCGACAAUAUGCUGCUGUCCUGUUAAGAAGGAAGAUUCAAAGAAAACAUCAAUAUUUUCACCUGUCUGAAGACAUACGUAAAAACAUUAGAGGAAACAUUCUCCUGUUGUUUCUUCAAGAAACAGAGUAAGUUCCACAAUGUUUUGUUUUUUGUUAUUUAACCCUUUAGCAUUUAUCCUGACCAUAUCUAGUCCAAAUAUUCUAUUUUGUUCAAACCAGCAAAUA